AUGGACUGCGGGACUGCUGGCACGGCUGCGGGCAUUGACCCCAAAAUACUCGAUAAUUGGCAAUCCGAUACCGCUUAUUCCAUCUCGUCGUGGGAACAGACUGCUUACGAGCAGCAACUCGAGUGGGAUACCAGCCAGGAUUCAAAUCAAGAUGAGGGGGAUAUUGUAGAUCUAGGGAUCCUGCAAGGUUCUCUGGCUGACGAUCAGCCCAACGCAGCUCUGUUUCGACAGAACUCUGACCUGAGCAAUCCAGGAAUUACCUCCCCCGAGAAGUUCAGCAUCGCCGAUGCCGCGAUCGAAGGAACCAUCAGCGGGACGGUGAGCCCGAGAACCUUGCCCUCCUCGACGGACGACAACUUCCACCUGGACGAGACAUGGCCGCAAUUCCAGUUGUUCAACUCCAUGGCUGCUGGGAUGCCCAUGGAUGCGCCCCUGUUCUACCCAUACGCUAAAGACGCGGCGGCCCCAAACAACACCGUGAUCGUUGACGACGCUGGGGAGCUGUCGCACGGUCAAGGUUUUCCGGACGUUCACCCGGAUCAGUACCUGACCUUUCAAAAUCUGUCUCAAGCAUUCUCCUUCACAGCCGAACCUUGGGCCGAACAACCGGCCAACCCCAACUCUGAUGUGUCGGCUCAAGGAUCGCUCCCCCCUCCGUUAGGACCACAGAUCCUGAACAAGAAUGUCGGCCAAUCUCGCGCAUUCCAGGGCUCUCCGCGCUCACUGGAAUCGCGCUGGCUGGAAAGUCUUGAAUCACAGCUGCCUACACACAUGACAUCGCCGGUUUCGUGGUCGACGAAUCCGCAAGACUCUGGGUUCCACAGCGACGAGGGGAGAGUGCAGGAUGCAUUUCAAUACAAGUCGGAAAGCUCAUCGGACUCAGGCGACGUUUCGGGAGUCUAUGAUUGCUCCUACUCUUCCUUGAGUGAGGAGGUGCCCGCCUUUGCGGAGAGACAACUCGAAGAUGACAGUUCCUGGAAAGAUGAGUCGAAGGAGGGAUCUCCCUCCGAGACACCACAGUCGAUUCCAAACGCCGCCGCAUUUAUGGUCAGCGAGAAUCCUCAGGAGACUUUCUUCAUGUCAGCUUCCGCUCGGUCUCGGGCUUCAUCAUCUGCUGCCCAGCGAGCAUCAAGUCGCCCUCAGGCUCUCGCUCUGCAGUCGGUGGCGACCGUCAGAAAGCGCAAGCAGCGAGCCUCGAACGUGAAUCUUGACCAGAGUCAAGCCAAACCGCUGCAGAUUGUUCAAGAGGACGGCCAGGGUGGUUCGAUCGCCUCUGCGGACUUUGUCUCCCCACCGCGCGGGGCACGCCGCAAGGGGCCCUUGAGCAUGGUCGGAAGGGCCAACGCUGGAUUGCGGAGGAAGAACAAGGAUACAUGUGUUCAGUGUCGCCUGAACAAGCGAAAGUGUGAUGGUAGCUCACCAUGCGACGCUUGUCGUCCUACUCUCCACGAACAGCCAUGCGCGCGAGCUUGCUUUGCGAAUAUCGUCGAGUACGGAACAUGCAAUUAUAUCUCUCAACGCGCCGUGAAUCAUCCAACUGUCGAUCGGUCGGGUCGGGUGCGGAUGGAAAUCCCGUCCCAGUUCGACUUGAAUGAUCUUCUGACGUUCCUUGGCGAGCGACAAGGACGAUUCAACAUCCGUGCUAGCCAAGCGUGGGGCUCGCUGUACGUUCUCGACCUGGGAGAGACGUACAAGUUUUUGAAGUCCCUGAGCGACUUCAACGGUAACUCUCGGUCUACCUUCAUCGAGUUCAUCGACCGCCGGAUCGUGGAGUCGAAGGACAAGUCGAAGAACUGGUUGAGCUGUGUCAAGGAUUGCGAUCCAAUGAACAAUGUCUACUCUUUACUCUCACAAUGGAACAACAUGCCCAGCCGCGCUAGUUACAGCUUCGUUCCGCUGCAAGCCGGCGGUCAAGAACGGCCGAUGGACAUCCACAACCCCGAGGAUCAGCGAGAGAUUUUGCUGGCAGCGCAGCUGUCUCGCAUCAUUUGCCGCAUGCUGGAGGUUGAAGGGUUCCGGAAGCUUGAACGGGACUUCUACAACAUCAAGUGGAAACAGAUCUCACAAGAGACGCACCUGCGCUUCCUAAGCCAGCUCGGCCAUAUCCUCCUUUCCCUCCGGUGGCGAGUGUCCUGGUGGAGGCGCCUCGGGGAUGGCGGGCGCGAGCCCGACCCGUCGAAGCAGCACUACGUGGACCGGGUCGACUUGCUGUGCCGCAUCCUCUAUGUCUACUAUACCUGUGUGCUGGCCAAGCUUCCUUCCUGGACGACCGCCGACGUCCCCAAGGGCGUCUGGUCGACCUACGCGGACUCGGAGAAUGCCGUGUGGGACGACUUCCCGAUGGACCCUAGCGAAGACGGCUUCAGCAACUGGAUGGAGCGAGGCCGCGAGCUCAUCGAGCAGGCGGGUGUUCCCAACCGCGUCUCGAAGAUGUAG